AUGUUCGGUCGGUCUCGGAGCUGGGUUGGACAGGGAAGGGCAAAGAACAUCCACUCCUUGGACCAAUUGAAGUAUCUGUAUCAUGUCCUGACAAAAAACACCACAGUGACAGACCAUAACAGAAACCUGCUGGUGGAGACGAUUCGUUCAAUCACUGAGAAUCUCAUCUGGGGAGAUCAGAAUGACAGCUCUGUGUUUGACUUCUUCCUGGAGAAGAACAUGUUUGCGUUCUUCCUCAACAUCCUUCGUCAAAAGUCUGGCCGUUAUGUUUGUGUGCAGCUCCUUCAGACGCUAAAUAUUCUGUUUGAGAACAUCAGCCAUGAGACAUCCUUAUAUUACCUCCUGUCAAACAAUCAUGUGAACUCCAUCAUCGUCCAUAAAUUUGACUUCUCUGAUGAGGAGAUUAUGGCCUACUACAUUUCCUUCCUCAAGACGCUUUCACUCAAACUAAACAGCCAUACAGUUCACUUCUUCUAUAAUGAGCACACAAACGAUUUUGCCCUGUACACUGAAGCCAUUAAGUUCUUCAACCAUCCUGAGAGCAUGGUGCGCAUCGCUGUCCGGACCAUCACGCUCAAUGUUUACAAAGUGGACAACCAGCACAUGCUCCACUACAUACGGGAUAAGACCGCGGUGCCCUACUUCAGUAACCUGGUCUGGUUUAUCGGCAGCCACGUGAUCGAGCUGGACAAGUGUGUGCAGACCGAUGAAGAACACAAAAACCGGGGGAAGCUGAGCGACCUGGUGGCGGAGCACUUGGACCACCUGCACUACCUGAACGACAUCCUCAUCAUCAACUGCGAGUUCCUCAACGACGUGCUCACGGACCAUCUGCUCAACCGCCUCUUUGUGCCGCUCUACGUCUACUCCCUCAUCAACCCGGAGAUCUCGGAAGAAAGAAAAAUCAACCCUCAAGUCUCGCUCUACCUGCUGUCCCAAGUCUUUUUGAUCAUCCACUACCAGCCUCUUGUUAACUCCUUAGCGGACGUGACUCUGAAUGGGGACCUGUCUGUGUUCACCCAGCAGACUGACAUCCAGUGUGCUCACAUGUUCAUGGCGAGUUCGGGCGGAAUGCGUCGCUUCACCAAGCCCCCCGAGUCCCUGGAGCGCUCCCUGGAAAUGUCCCGUCACCGCGGCCGCAAGCGGACCCAGAAGCGGCCCAACUACAAGAACCUGGGCGAGGACGAGGAGGAGGAGCGCGCGGGGCUGGCCGGCGGUGAGGCGGACGAGGGCUGGGACGACAGAGGCGAGAGGGAGGGGGUCCGAGAGAAGGCCAAAGGUACAGAGGGAGUGGCAGGUGGGAGCUCUAAGGGCAGCAGAGCCAGUGGGGAGACGGCGGAAGAGAUUGAGAUGGUCGUCAUGGACAAAUCCAAAGUAUCAGACCUCACUGAGCAGAACAUUACCGACGAGGAGAAGACCGCGGCAGCAACGUGCAUGUACACACACAGGCCCUUUUUAGACAUGGUGUACGCAGCUCUGGACUGCACCAGCGACGACUACCAGGCCCUGUUUGUGCUGUGUCUGCUCUACGCCAUCUCCCACAGCAAAGGCAUAAACCAGGAGGUGCUGGAGCGGCUGCAGCUGCCCUUCCCCGAGCAGCAGAGGGGCUGCUACAGCGUGGUGCUGGUGGAGAGACUCAUCCGCAUCAUGAGCCAGUGUGCACAGCCAGACGGCAGAGUGCGCCUCGCGACUCUGGAACUCACCUGCCUUUUAUUAAAGCAGGCUGUGCUCUCUGGCAGUAACUGCAUAAUAAAAGACGUGCAUCUGGCGUGCCUCGAGGGAGCUCGUGAGGAAAGUCUGCACCUGCUGCGUACGUUCUACAAGGGCGAGGAGAUAUUUCUGGACAUGUUUGAGGACGAGUACAGGAGCAUGACGAGUAAACCCCUCAACGUGGAGUACCUCAUGAUGGACGCCUCCAUCCUGCUGCCGCCCACGGGAACGCCUCUGACCGGCAUCGACUUCGUGAAGAGGCUGCCCUGCGGAGACGUGGAGAAGACGAGAAGAGCGAUCCGCGUCUUCUUCAUGCUGCGCUUGUUGUCGCUCCAGCUUCAGGGAGAACCGGAGACGCAGCUGCCUCUGACCCGACCCGAGGAUCUGAUCAAGACCGACGACGUCUUGGAUCUCAAUAACAGUGACCUCAUCGCCUGCAUGGUGGUCAGCAAAGACGGGCUUCAGGCACAGAGGUUCCUGGCUGUGGACAUCUAUCAGAUGAGUCUCGUUGAACCGGACACCAAACGCCUCGGCUGGGGGGUGGUCAAAUUUGCUGGACUUCUACAAGACAUGCAAGUAUCGGGCGUGGAGGACGACAGUAGAGCAUUAAACAUAGUGAUCCAUAAACCCAGCUCCAACCCCCACGCCAAGCCUCUGCCCAUCCUCCAAGCCAACUUCAUCUUUGCCGACCACAUCCGCUGCAUCAUCGCCAAGCAGAGACUGGCCAAAGGGCGCAUCCAGGCCCGACGGAUGAAGAUGCAGAGGAUCGCAGCUCUCCUGGACCUCCCUGUGCAGCCCAGUGCUUCAGAAGUGUUGGGCUUUGGGCAGACGGUGCAUGCAUCACCAGGAGGCCUCCCCUUUCGCUUCUACGAGCAGUCCAGGCGAUCUCCCAAUGACCCCACUGCAAACAGAUCUGUGUUUGCUUCCGUGGAUAAAGUCCCAGGGUUUGCAGUGGCCCACUGUGUGUCGCAGCACAGUCCCUCCCCCCUGUCCUCCCCCUCCACCCCGUCCAGCGGCAGUGGAAGCACAGGCCGCUGUGACUCUGUGACGGCCAGUACGGUGUCCAUGCAGAGCCCUGCGGACGAGAGCGUGACGGCCGCGCACACGACUUCCGCCGCACCCGGAGCCGACCUCACCGCCCACGCCCACGGCCCCGCCCUCGCCCCCAGCCUGACCCCCGCCGCGCAGCCCUCCAUCUCCCUCCUCACGGACGCCGCCGCCGCCGACAGCCUGAGCGUGGAGUCCCUCACCCUCCUGCCGCCCGCCGACUCCCCGCACCUCCACCCCUGCACCAACCCGUCCCCGCGGCAACAGGACACUAUCACAGAGGUGGAGGAGGAGGUGGAGAAGGAGCCAGAACAAACGGGGGACGAAGAGGAGGAGGCAGACGCUUCGCUGGAAGAGGCGCUAACGUCGCGCACAGACGAAAACUCCACUGAGAAUCCACAGACGCAAAUGGACGCGGACGAUUCUGAACUGGACUAA